AUUUUGCGUGUUAGAAAAAUGGUGUUAUGAGACAAGCGGAGCUGGAUAAAUUGCUUUUUAUUUAUUGGCAAAAAAUAAAUAAAAAUAAACGAGCCUUUAGUUAGCUUGUCUGUAAGCUCCUUCGCUAGCUCGUUGACGUUGUAAACGUUUUUAUCUACACCUCACUCGCGUCCCGUGGCUCUUUAAACCAAACAUUAAUUUAUAUAGAGAUAAAGUUUAAUUCGGAUCAAGCGUGCUCCGGGUUCAAGCUGAAUCGCACUUGUGUAAGACUCGGCGUUUGGCGUAAAAGUUAGCUAAUUGUAGCAUCAGCGGAGUGAGGAGUUACUUGAAGGGGAGGUGGGGGGGUUGUCUAGGAGCAGGUACUUGGUGUGUCCAGGACAGAAGCUAUCCUGUGGCCUUCUGCCUCAGUCAUGGACAAAGAUGCCUGUGUAGACGAUCAGGAAAAUGGCAAUAAAAUGAUCCACACUGUGAAGACCUCUCUACUGACUUCUGCCUAUCGAUACACCAAGGAGGAGCUUUUGGAAAUCAAAGAGCUACCAAUUUCUAAUGAGAGACCUGAAUGCCUGUCUCAGAAAUAUGACAGUGAUGGGGUGUGGGAUCCAGAAAAAUGGCAUGCUUCACUGUAUCCCUCAGAAUGUGACUUACCAGCGGAGGGAUAUAAGAGAGACUAUGCUGAGGACAGACCUCCACUGAAACGUAGAAUUGCUGACCCACGAGAGCGUAUUAAAGAGGAUGAUUUGGAGGUAGUCCUUAGCCCCCAGCGUCGUAGUUUUGGAGGUGGCUGCCAGGUAGCACCUGCUGCCCUGACUCGACGUCCCAUCAGCCCUCUUGAGAACAAAGAGAAUGAGUCUCUCCGUCUUGGGGGUGCACGCCGAAUCGGAAGUGGUCGCAUCAUGGCGGGGCGUGGAUUCGAGAGGGAUAUUCGGGUGGACAAAGAAAGGGACCGUGAAAGAGAACGUGACUUCAAGGAUAAGAGAUUCAGGAGGGACUUUGGUGACAAAAGAGUGUUUAGUGAGAGGAGAAGGAAUGACUCGUAUGCUGAAGAGGAGCCAGAAUGGUUUUCUGGUGGACCCACAAGCCAGUCAGAGACAAUUGAGCUUAUUGGUUUUGAUGACAAAGUCUUGGAGGACGAUAAACGGAAACCUAAGCGCUCAAGAAAGAGGACCGAGUCAAUAAAAGAAGUUGAGUGCAAUGGUGGUCUUUCUGAGGAGGCACAGGUGGUCCAAGGGAGAGGAGCCGAUCAAGAGGUCCCUCAUCCAGAAAUUCUUCCAGCCGGGGAUUUUGACUUCAAUGAGUUCUUUAAUCUGGAACAGACAAUGCCUACCUUGGCUUCGAUGAUUGAAGACGUACUUGGUGAAGGGCCAGUCACAGCCAGUCGGUUCAGCCGUUGGUUCAACAGUAAUCAGAGUCCCUCUGGUAGUCGCUCUAGCAGCUUGCGCUCCACCCCACAUGAAGAGCUUGAGAAACUAGCAGAUCCAUGCAGUAAUUCUCCUAGUCGGGGUCCUACAACCUAUUUCACACCAAUUCCCUUGGAGGAGCGGAGAGACAAUGUGGACAUCUUGGAGCUGCUCCAUAAAGCCAAAAUUGAUGUUAAACCCCUUCUCUCCAGCUUAAAUGCAAACAAAGCUCGUCUCAAGGAGAGCACUAACUCUGGGGUGGUGUUGUCUUUGGAGGAGGUGGAGAGUGGUUUAAAGGGGCUGAAAGUUCAGAGUGAGCAGCCUCAGCCGGCCCCCAGGCAGCUGCAGGCUCAAGGCACAGGAACUCCUUUCAUGGCCGAGCACCUGGAAGAAGCUCUUACAGGAGGCACUAGGGUCAUGGCCCGGCCCCGUGAUCCUGACAUGUCUGCAUUCAACAAGCUGGUGAGCAGUAUGAAGGCAAGUGGAACCCUGCCCAACCAGCCCAAGGCCAGCACGAGCAGUCUGCAGCAGUCUGCAGAUCCUGCUAUCCUGAGCACCAUAACUGAGGCGCAGGUACCUGCCAUACAGCAGAAGAAUAUUUUCCAGGAGUUGUUGGGUGUCCGAGGAGCUCCACAGGCAGGUUCUCCACUUUUGAGUGGUCUGUUAGCAAACCCUGAAGCCGCGCCUGCUCCAGCACCUGGCCUCUUGCCCCACCGUGGCUCCUCACCCCCCCUUUUCUAUACAGGCAUGCAGGCAGGAACAGGCUUCCCUGUUGGCCCACAACAAAUUUUGGGAGACCAAAUUAUUGAGAGGCACAGAGCUUUAAGUCCAAGCCCUACUGCACAGCAGUUGAGGGCGCUGUCUAUGGGAGUGGACCAGGCAGAAUCGGAUGCUGUUAUGUUCCAGCAGGAUCUGGCGUUACAUGUUCGCCAGUACCAGCAAGGCUACAACAAACAUGGCCUCGAUAAAGCCUUUCGGAACAGGCAGACAAGAAUUAAUAGGUCCCCUGGCCCUCACCUGCCAGGCAGGCAUUCCCCUGUCACUAGUAUGUUGUGUCCAUCUUUUACGCCAACCUCAGUGAUUAAAAAGAUGUAUGAGUCAAAGGAGAAGACUAAAGAUGAGCCAAUGAGUAGGCCAGGAAGCAAAGAGGACACAGCAAACUCACAGGAAGACAGUCCUUCCCCCAGUUCCUUCCUUGAUGGUGUGGACAGUGGUGGGCCUCAAGCUGGUGGUAUAAAAGCCUGUUCCACCCCUGUAUCUGCCCAGAAUCGCCACUCAAAAGAGGCUGAGCGAGCCAGGCCUAGCUCCACCACAGGGCAUCACACUCCUGCUAUGCUGUCUCCAGGGUCCUCCUCCUCCUCUUUCCCCAGACCCAUUUACCCAGUACCGAUUUUGUCUCAUGUUCCCUUGGUUAGGCCUCCACCACAGCUGCAUCCUGGUGUAGUACAGAGGAUGAUUGCCCAGGGCAUUCAGCCCCAGCAGCUUGGACCUGCACUCUUGCAAACAGGACUUUUCCCCCAGCCUGUAGAUCUGUCCCAGCUGCAGGGUCUGCCCCCUGCUCUCUUAGGCCAGCCUCUGUAUUCACUGGGCACUACAGGACACCCACUUAUUCCCCCCAGAGCUGCUGGACCACACAUGCCGUUAGCAGUCAUGCAGCAACAAUUCCAACAGCAGCAGAGACCUAAUAUACACACAGUACCCACUGGAACCCCCCAGUCACAGAGCCUCAGCACACAUAGAACAACCCACCCUCAGCGGCGAGCAGGAAGUCCACCUCUAGGCCUGGCCAAGUGGUUUGGCUCGGAUGUGCUACAGCAACCCCUGCCUUCAAUGCCUUCUAAAGUAAUCAGUGUUGAUGAACUGGAGUUCCGCCAGUGAUGACGAUCCUGCACCCAGUUAGAGUAAAGCAAGACCUCUCAUCCUCAUGGCCCUGUUUAGUUUAAAAAAAAAAAAAAAAAAAUGUGAACUUUACUUUCUAUAAAAAUGUACAGGUGAUGGAGCCCUGUGUGUUUUAUAUGCUCAGUCAUAAAACUUGCAUUACUGAUAGUUGAUAGGCCUAGAAGUUAAGAGGAAAGUCCUGGACUACUUUUUUGUUUGUUUUUUUUCCCUGUUGAAAUUGUCCUAUCAAAUUAUAUAGGGAUUUGAUUUUUUUUUUUUUCUACUCCUUUUUUUUUUUUUUUUUUUUUUUUUUUUUUUUUUUUUUUUUUUUUGCGGUAAAGAAGUAAAUAAUGUAUAGGCCAGACUUGUACAGACUAUGGGAAAUUUUUCCUCCCUGUACAUAGCGCUUUUUGUUUUUGGGUUGUUUUGUUUUGUUUUGAUGUGUGGAAAUUUUCAAAGUAAAGAAUAGGGCCAUUGGGGAGUCUUCCCCUGGCUGUUCAUUAUUUUUUUUU